UGCUGGUAAGUUGACUUUGCCGGUUGUCAGCAGGGUAACUUUUCAGACAGAUUGUGCCAGCAUUCGUGACCGUGGCCAGCCAUUGAGGACGAAACACAAGCAAAAUUUCUUUUGGGCCAUUCUGCCAGUUGCAGUGGAAUAUCCACUUUCUUUUGGCUCAUGCCAUCAUGUCAUUGGGUUAUCAAAGCAGUGUUGCAGUGGUUUCUAUACCUGCAGAAAAUAUUUUGUCGCAAAUCUGCAAUCGCAGUCUGCAAAUCUUUCGUUGGUUCUUUAUGCUCCAGUCUUGAUUCAGAUAACCUCAGCUAAUUUUUCAUACGUAUUCAACAAACUGCUGCUGAUUGCAGUUGUAGAUUAAGUUCUUUUCUAUAGCCAGCUUAACCUGUGAAUUCAGAGAAAACGUAAAUGUAUGAGAAGGUUGCCAUCUUUCACAUAUUGUUGACUCGAACCAGAGUACCUGCAGUGUUUGAGUGCAGUACAAAGGCCAUGCUGUUUUGACUACAUUGUAGAACGGUCAGGAGUGGUUGCUUUUCAUUAUGCUUGACAUGUGCUGCCUUUUGAUAAUUUCAAGCAAUAUGUUAUGCGUGUGAUGAGGGGUAUUUUCAAUCCAGGGUAAGGAGGCCUGUCAGCAUCCUGAACGCCAGCUGAAGUGCAGGCCACAACAGUGGUGUCGUCCUAUGAAGGAACGAUGCCUGUGGGGAUGUCCAGCCUCAAUCCACUGGCACACUUUCAGAUACAGUCACCAGACAAACCCAUGCAAUCACCGACACGGCCCUUGCAAACGCAUGCUCUGGUCAACCACUUCACUCAACAGACUGUCCAGCAGCAUACGCCUGCUGCAGCAGUGACCCAGCCACGCUUGUCACCAGUGCUUCCUCAGCCAGUCAAGACACUAGUAUUCUUCGACCUCGAAACAACAGGCCUGCCCUCCAAGUUCCAGCCAGUCAGCAUAACUGAAAUAGCCAUGGUGGCUGUGGACAGGGCCCACUUUGAGAAGCAAGAUAAGGCUGAAUUUCGGGUGAUCAACAAGCUCACACUGUGCCUAAAGCCUCAAGCUGUCAUGCACCCGAUGGCUGCCAAGAAGUCUGGUCUGGACACCACUCUCCUGAAGGACCAGGGCCUGUUUCAUCAGGCCCAACCUGCGAUUCGUGCCUUUCUCUCCGUCCUGGCUCCACCGAUCUGCCUUCUGGCCCAUAAUGGCGACUCUUUUGACUUUCCCAUAUUCAUGGAUGAGCUCGUGUUUUCUACGGGCAGCGGUGAUGUGGACAGCGUUCUGGGUGUACCAGGACUGGCAUGCUGCGACACACUCAAAGCUGUGCGCCACCUCUGGCCUGUGCUGCCUUCUGCACCCAAGAAGGGACGUGGAUCAGUGGCUGCCAGCAAGCAGAACUCGUAUGCACUUGACCAGCUAUACAAGCGCUUCUGUGGUCGCCGUUCCAAUGCACAUCACGCUGAGCAGGACUGCGUUGACCUCAUGAAGGUGUGUCACACAGAGAAAGCAGCUUUUGUGGCCUACGUUGAUGCCAAUGCAGCACACCUAGCUGAUGCCCGUCGUUCUUGGUGAUUGCAACAGCAGCCCCCAUGAGUUUUGCGCAAUGUCCUUGUCUGCAUCUCUGCAACAUCCUUACGAAUUUGGUAGAGCAAAGUGUGCCAUCUCCCUUGGGCUUGUUCUGCAAGCCUUUUGUGGACUCUUGUGAUUUUGGCAUGGGUGAUCAUCGCUGGUGCACGGUCUAGUGAGCUUUCCUUUUUUUUUCUUUUUUUUUAAAUCUUAGGUUUCAGUGCCUACCUAGCAUGUAGGUACCUGGAUCUCAUUGUAGUGAAUGUGAGGGGAAAUACGUUACUUUAAGUUUUAUUUCACCCAGUUUUGUGUAUCUUCGUACUGCUGCAAACACUUAGUCCACCUGCCUCUACGUCUCAUUUGACCCUCUCUUCUAAGAGUGCUUUUUUUUUCUCCUUUUGGUGACUCUUAGCGACUUCAGGCAGUGCAACGCACAUUUCUAUUCUUUUUUAAGGUCUGCUGCUAAUUUGCUGCCGUAUUGUGUGAGCCAGUGCUAGUCUUGAAUUGCAGGAAAAGGGAGGUUCCCUGCCUCUACUUUCAAUUUUGUAGCAACGAGUUUUGGGUUGCUUGAUAUUGCUGCAAAUACUUGGGCAUUGUUGACGUCUAUUGCAACUGUGUACCAUACCAAUAUAUGUGGAUGAGUGAUGUUUUGUCAUUCCCCCAACUGAGCUGAGGCAGUAAUUCAUAAUUGAGUAUUCAUGGUAGAACAAAUGCAAGGAGGCUUAACAGGCACUUAAUUCCACCAAAGGCGAUGCUCCAAUGUGAUUUCAAACUAAUGUUUGUUUUGCAUUGGCCAUGCCCUGAGAAAUCCUUGUCUUUAUUUGUUACUCUUGUCUCACAGGGUUCAAUUAGGAAAUAGUGCCUUUCAUACUGGGUAUUAGUAUGUGAUGCCUUUGUAGCAUGUUUGUCUACUAAAUUGAGUGGGGUUUUAGGAACCUGUCAUAGCUUGUUAUUCACUAGUGACCGUAGAAAUCACCUGCUUGCAAAGCCAGCAUUCGUUUCUUGUUGCAUGUCCUCAUUAAGCAUUAAACUUCCUUGAAUAGUACAAAACAUUUCUUUUGCUGCAUCUGGAAUUUUAAACAAACUGCCUGCCUUGGUAGCGCACUAGGCAGUACGUAAAUUUCAUUAUCUGAAGGUUGUUAAUUUAAACGGUGUGUCACUACUUUUUAUUCAUUGCAUCAAUGUUUUAUUCAUUGCAUCCAAGUAUGCGCUAUGCUAAAGUCUUGUAGUCAUUACUUUGACCAUUUAGCCUCGUCGAUUUCUCAUUUUCUUCAUCAUUUACUGCUAUGUCAGUACGUAGCUCAUCAAACAUUAAAAUAUGUUCGUGGCAUGGAUAUUGUUAGCUCUCGUCUAUUGCUUUUUUUCUCUGGUGUGCAGUCCUUUCCUCCCGAUUCUCUUCAAUACACUCCAAUAGGCCAGGUUGGAGGGGCUUUUCUCCCUAUAUUGGUCUCUGCAGACCUGCAACACAGCCGUGUUGCACUUAAUGGGUGGCAUAGUUAGACUGUAUAGAGAGCCAGGGUUUGACAUCGGGACAAUUUGCUGUGCUUGAAAUGAGAUGGUGCCCCUCCGCAAGGUUUUGUCUACAAAGAGAGUACAACUUGCAAACAGUGGAAGGCUGUUGUUUAGUGUAAGUGGGGGGCUCAAAUGUCUCCUACUGAAUGCCAUGCCAUAACUAAACGGACACGUUAUGCUGCCUCCACAAUGGCUGAAGGUCGAGCUUAUUGGGCCACUGCUGUCCACGAGCAGUGCCUAGCAGCAGUAACAAGUGCCUUGGGAAAAACUGGGAGGGCGAAGUUUCUAUGUCAAAUGAACAGUGAUCAGCAGUGUAAGAGGAACAUAGACGAGCCACGUAGUGCUGUCGAAAUCAUUAUCUUCACAUGCGAUUGCACAUGCAGUCGGUGUAUGUACAUGUGUUUUGUUAUCCUACUCCCUCCCAUUGCAGGAGAGAUUUUUUAACGUUUUAUGGCGACUCCUUGUGGCAGUCGGGGAAUGGUAUUGAACACUUAAGGGUAAAUUGGGUUUUUGUCUAUUCUCUUCUUAUUCCCCUCACAUUUGCUGUAAAUGGUUGACGAAAUGUUAUUGCUUAGCAGGUCUGAAGAUAAAUGCAAACAUGUAUUUGAACAAAAUGUGCUCUUAUAUCACAGACUUCGCUUCAUAUUGACGAGAAAAGUCCAGCUAACAGCACUUUUUGUGGUCACUAGUGUAUGACAAUACCAUGGUUAGGAGGGCAUGGUAAGAGUUUAGGAACAUUGUACUUGUAUUGUGCAGAUGUUUUUAUGUAUUCAUAUGAUGUUCACUAGCACUUUUCUGACUUGUAUUUGUUUUAUGGUAAACAAUUAUGUAAGAAUGUGUUAAGAUGAUUUGUGUUUAGCGCAGUACAAGCAUACGGUCUUAUAUGCAUGCAAGGAAGGGACACUGAAGAUUGGAGUUUGAUGAAGUUGUAUUAAUUUUUUUUGUGAUGAAGUUGUAAUAAUUUAUUCAGCAUGUGUGUUCCCCAUCCGUAUGUUAUGUUGCAUGAUAUUUCUCUCAAUUUUUGUAGCUAUGUAUGUCACAUUUCAUUUGCAUAUUGCUGUGCAUCCUAGUAGCUUAAUUACCUGUUACCACAAAAAAAGCCUUGUUAACAGUUGAAAAUGCAGCAAGAUGUCUUCACCGAACCUGAGCAUUGUGAGCUUACAUUGUGACCAUGGAAAAACUUGUGCCCAGAAUAUGUGUAUUUGUAAUAAAUUAUAUUCCUAAACAAUGGGA